UUUAAGAGUGCGCGUCGCCCUGCUCUGUUUAUGUCCCUCGCCUCGGCGUGGACCGAGGCGGCUUCCGUAGCAGUGCGAGUGGUCGGAGCGUGACGCAGAAGCGCUGAACAGGCAGAACAUUUCCACUGUCAAGAUGGCGACAUCGGAGCCGAAAACAGCUGAAACUGAAGAUCAACAGACAGAAAGUCAAGUUGUUGCAAAUCCUGAGCAGUAUAUUAAACAUCCUUUGCAAUAUAGAUGGGCUCUUUGGUAUUUCAAAAAUGACAAGAGCAAAAGUUGGACAGAGAACUUGCGUCUCAUUUCCAAAUUUGACACAGUGGAGGACUUUUGGGCAUUAUACAACCACAUACAGCAACCAAGCAAACUUGGCUUUGGCUGUGAUUACUGCUUAUUUAAGGAUGGUAUCAAGCCAAUGUGGGAAGAUGACAGGAACAAGCUCGGGGGUCGAUGGCUGAUAACUCUAAAUAGACAACAGAGACACAAUGACCUUGAUCGCUAUUGGAUGGAAACGCUCUUGUGUUUAGUUGGUGAGUCGUUUGAUGAGGCGAGUGAAGAUGUCUGUGGGGCUGUGGUCAACGUCAGACCCAAAGGAGAUAAAAUAUCCAUUUGGACAAGCAACUGCCAAAACAGGGACGCCAUCAUGACAAUAGGACAACUUUAUAAAGAGCGACUGAGCCUCCACAUGAAAGCCUUGAUCGGCUACCAGUCACACGACGACACGUCCAGCAAGAGCGGCUCCACCACCAAGAACAUGUACUCCGUUUGAAAGCCUCCCCCUCCUCACACAGUUGAACUUGCUGUAGAUUUAAACAAUUACCAACCCACAUGAUCACAAUAAGUUUGAGUUGUCAACUACUGUAGUGUCAUUUCCUUUUAUUAAAGAGAGCCUUGUUCAUAGUGUACAGUUGGAGCUUCCCCCAGCAUGAGUGGAGCGUUAGUUACGAAGCAGGCAGAGAGCCUGUGAUUAUUAAUGGCAACCUCCCCUAGCUUAUCUGAGAACAAGCUUGUUACUCCAUUACUUAAUGGCUUUGAAUUGCAAAAUCUUUCUUAAUAGUAAGGCCGCGGGUUUGUCUCAUGCUGAGUUGCCGAGUGAGGAAUACAACUUGUGUUUUCAGAGAACAAAUUUUAACUUGAUUUAUUCAGAAGUGUUUAAAAGGAGUUGGUAUUUCAUAUGUACCAGUUAGAAUAUCUACAGUACAGUAUCUUAAAAGUUUGUAAAAGCUGUGGUCACACUCCAAAUUGUGUGGUUUGGACUAAAGGCCACUUGUUGUUUCAGCCAUGCUGGAAUUGUGGAUUAUUGCUUGUAGUUCUUUCUUUUUUUUUCCCUUUACAUUUAUUUAUAAUGUAUGCAUUGCUGUUGAACUACUUAGUUUGAAACACAACCAUGAAACGUGUAUUUUCAUUUUUUUUUCUCGUUUUGUUAUUAUGCUCAAUAAUGUGGACUACUGCAUAUAGAUUACAUUUUUUACAGUGUACCAUAAAGUAAAGAUGCUGACAGAAGUAGGUGUGCUUUUCACUGUUUUCUUCCUAACAAAAACUGUAGAUAUUGUCGCACUCCUCUCUUGGUUAAUGCGAAGAGAAGACAAAACUAAUUGUGAAAUGACUUUGCUCAUAAUGUAUCUUUAUUAUCUGUAAUUCCAGGAUGUAUUUUACCUUCUUUCAAGUAAAGGUUAAGUGCUUUGCAUUAAAAAAAACAGAACAAUG